ACGCGUCCCGCACACGAGUGGCUAGCGGACAGAUGCUCUGCCACGCCCACAGCUCAGGCCCACAGGUACCUGAUCUCUCCUCCUCGAUCCAUGGCUUUGGACUGCGGUGACAUUGCUGCAAUUUCCUGGAAUUAAGGUUGAACGUUUAGCAUGCCGUCCUUACGAGUGGCUGUGAUUGGAGCCGGGCCGUCAGGGUUGAUUGCUGCCCGCAUGCUUGCCUCACGACCGCAAGAUUUCGACUUCGAGGUUUACGAACGUGGAGAUAACAUCGGAGGCACAUGGUUGUACUCAGAGAAGACAGGCUUGGCGGAAAAUGGCUACCCAGUACACUCAAGUAUCUACAAGAACCUUGUCACCAACCUACCUACGCAGGCGAUGGAGUUCCCUGACUUUCCCUUCCCUUCUGAUCUAAAAGGAAAAUUCCUUCCCUGGAAAAAGGUGCAAGACUACCUAUUUGCCUAUGCCGACCACUUCAACCUUCGAAAAGAUAUCCAACUGAAUACAGAUGUAACGUCUGUAAAACGUAUCACCCCAAAGCCUGUCCCAUCAGGAGAUGCCCACAAAUCUCCCAACAGACCACAGUGGUUGGUGCGCACGACUGCCCUUCAGGGAGGAGGCAGCAAGGAGAAGGUGUUUGAUGCUGUGCUAGUCUGCACUGGACACCAGAGUGUCCCCCACUAUCCAGACAUUCCUGGUCAGGAGAGCUUCAGCGGGGUACAGCUGCACAGCCACGAUUACCGUGAUCCAGAACUCUAUACAGGAAAGCAAGUGCUCAUAAUUGGAGGGUUUGCAUCUGCACUCGACAUCAUGGGCGAUCUGCACUCUCAUGCGUCCGAGGUGGUCAUCUCACUGACCGCACUGGACCUGGUGGGCGUGAUAGAACAGUACAAGAAAGGGCUGCUACCACACAACGUGAGAACAACGACAUUCCCGCAGGCGAUCAACGGUAGCGUGGUGACGUUCACCGACGGUGAGACGCUCGAACCAGACGUGAUUAUUUUCUGCACCGGCUACGAGUAUUCGUUCCCAUUCCUCGACGCCUCGUGUGAUGUCACUGUUAGCGAGGGUAAACGCAUACAACCAUUAUUCAAGCACAUGAUCCACAGCAGGUACCACACGCUCAUGUUUAUUGACAUGGUAUAUGCAACUUUCGAGUUAGCGCUCUCGUUUCUCCAAGUUCCGAUAGCUCUAAAAAUUAUUGAUGGGUCACUGGCGCUCCCUAGCGAGCAAGAAAUGAACAAGGAGACAGAAGCAGACUACCUCGAUCGGUUAGCUAGCGGACAGAAACCGCGCCACGCCCACUCGCACCUAUUCCCUCCCCGUUGGACUUUAACGUCAUAUUGUGAUGACAUUGCUGGCUUCGCACGCGUUGAUAACUUUGUGAAACCAUUAUAUCGAUGUGUAGAUGAUGUGUUUUUCGAAAUGCACAAAAAUAUCAUGAAGUUUAAGGAGUAUGACUACCUUGCCCCAAGACCGAAGCAGUAAUUAUAACUACACGUUCGCGCGCUGAGUUCACUUAAGCCCGGGACACACCAUGCGAAUCUAUUCGCAGGACCAUGGCUCCAAAAGUCAUGUGGUCACGUGAUUAGCAUACUGAUCAAUGAUUCGCUGCAUUAUAACAAUCGGCCGCACCAACAAUGAGACACACAAUGCGAAUAUAUACACAGUCCGCACGUCCGCAGCGAAAAUAUCAAACAUGUUUGAUCGCUGCGAAUUUUGGAACGGAUGAAAUUCGCAGCGAA